AUGGAACCAAUCAAAUCACUGUGGAAGAAUUUCAUGUCAGAGGGACACCGCCCUCCAGAAAAAGAUUCAAAAGUUGUGGUCAUUGACACCAUCAUUCAUGAGCUUGAGUACCACAUCAAAGAACUGGAACGCAUCUCGCACGAAAAAGAGGUUGACGACAGGCGUCGGAAUACAGGCGUAGAUUACAGUUGGUUAAUGAGCACAACUCCCAAAGGUUUUGAAAUCCCCCAGCUUCAAAGACUAGAACUAGAGGAACUGUGCUACAAAGUCAAACCAGAUGAAUGUGGAAGAAUUUUGUCUCUAUUUAGAGACGCUCUAUUUAAUGACCCUUUACCGUCCCAUCUCCCUCGAAUCAUGAGGUCUU